GCAGUUUAAACGCUUCCCAUAAUGCACUCCCCGAUCAUCAGCGGGAAACCAAAAUGGCGAACGUGUUGGGGGAAAAUGAACCGUUUGUUAUCUUCUGAAGAAAGCACGAUUCCCGCAAGUUUCCGCGACACACUUUUGAGAUAAACUCAAACACAGAAGAAGCGGGAUAACCUUUGUCCUUACCAUUUUUGUUAUUUUAUUUCCCCAGUGAUUUGUAGAAGCGGAGGUGACCGAAUGAGAGACUCAGGGGUUGUGGAUCACCUGUCUGUCCAUCACAGAGCCCUCCCCCAGCGGCAGCAGCAGGCCGUACCCUUGUCUCCCAGCAGCCUCUCUGCUCAGGGGGAGUAUGGAGAGGACGACAUGUCGGACAGGUUCACAGAGGGGCAGGACGUCUUGGCCCGGUGGUCAGACGGCUUGUUCUACUUGGGGACAAUCACCAAGAUAAAUCAGGAGAAGCAGAGGUGCUUUGUGGUUUUCGAGGAUCGUUCAAAGUCUUGGGUUCUGUGGAAGGAUAUUCAGACAGGGGAUGAAGAUGAUGCAGAUGAUGAGGACGACGACAUUGUGUGCUCUAUUUGCCAGGACGAAACUUCCGACGAACCCAAUGAAAUUGUCAUUUGUGACAAGUGUGGCCAAGGCUACCAUCAGCUGUGCCACUCUCCCAUCAUCGAUGCCUCUGUCAUCGACUCUGAUGACAAGUGGCUCUGUUCAGAGUGUGAGCUCACUUCUUUACCUAAGGGGGGGGGUGCACACAUGAGGGCAGGGUCUGCUAAAGGCGUUCAGCAGCAGCAGCAGGAGCAGCACAUGGGGCUGCACCUGACCCUCCCAUACGCUCUGGAAGAACUGGUCUGGGAUCAGGGCCACACGACUAACAUCCAGCACUGCUACUGCUACUGCGGAGGGCCAGGAGACUGGUACCUGAAGAUGCUGCAGUGUCACGGCUGUCAGCAGUGGUUCCAUGAGGCCUGUCUCCAUUGCUUACAGAUUCCCAUGCUCUAUGGAGACAGGUUUUAUCUGUUAAUUUGUUCCGUUUGCAACGGUGGCCCAGAGUACAUCAGCCGACUGCCGCUCGGAUGGGAGGAUGUGACACACCUGAGCCUGUACAACCUGAGCGUGAUCCACAAGAAGAAGUACUUUGACUCUGAGAUGCACCUGAUGAGUUACAUCAAUGAAAACUGGGAGCUGCUGCAGCUGGGGGAGCUCGCCAACACUCCCAGGUUGGCGCGUUAUGAAAGGGUUCUGGAGGCGCUAAACAACAACAGCAGCCUGUUCAUGUCGGGGAAGGAGGUAAAGAAAAAGAAGCACUUGUUCGGGCUGAGGAUCCGUUUCCCUCCCGCUCCCCCCAACUCUGAUGAGCCAACCAGCAGAGGGAUGGAGAGGGCUUCACACGAGAGCUCCACAAAGGCCCUACCUGGCAUGAGACCUUGCGCUAGUUUUACCAAUGGGACAGAGAAGAAGAAAAAGAAGAGGAAGAGAAAGCAAGGACCACAACGCAGUGAGCUCUUCUCCCAAGAAGUGAGAAAGCCUCUACCACUAGAACCCCACCCAAUGGGUCACUUGACCUCUAUCAAGAGUGAGAGGUCUCUGCUGUCUUCAAGUACUUCAGAUAUGGAGUCCAUAGAAGCCCUGAGCACCACAGAAACUACCUCAACUAGCAUUUCAAGACAGUCCAGCCUCUGUAGCUCCAGCAAGCCGCGGACCACAGCCUGUGCCAUGCCCGUCUCCGCCCCACCAUUAAAGAGGAAACGCGGGCGGCCCCGACGGGCCCUGCAGCCCCCCAACCCAGAGAUCCCCCCUCCUAGCCACGCAGAGCUAGACCCCUCCGCCACGGAGAUGCCGAGCCCGCUGCCGGGGCUUCACUCCACUGACAUAGUGCACGGCAUGGACCCCAACAGCCAGCUGACCCACCUGAAGAGCUCCAUCAGCAGCUACUUUGGAGCCGCGGGGCGGCUGGCCUGUGGGGAGAAAUACAAAGUCCUGGCACGCCGGGUCACCCUGGAUGGAAAGGUGCAGUACCUGGUGGAGUGGGAAGGAGUCACCGCCUCCUAGACUUCAGCAUCUCUCCUCUGACCAGUGCCUGCAGGAGGGAUCAGCUGUGCUAAGGACAUGUGCACACAGCCUGUAUUCAGAGCAUUAACUGAUAAAUGCCUUUGUUUAGUUUAGACGGGAGCAAGUUGAGCUAACUGCCUACUGGUUCAGUGCACAUUUCAACAUGUGUUUAAAGGUUACAAUUCUAGGUUCGAGUCAGGGUACUGUCAUUACAUCACAUUUGAAAGUUUACAGCGUCCCCCAUUUAUUCAGUCCAAAAUAAUUGAUCAGUGCACUGCACCUUGCAGGCUUUCAGUGAAUCGUUAUUGUACUUAAUUUCAAAUCCAGUUAUAUGCUCUCCAUUUCCAUACCAGUUCAGUAUCAACUAUGUUUUUUUGCCAGAAUGUAGUUAAUCACUCGUUUAAAGGUUCAUCUUGGAGGAAGAGGGGACACUUUUCACACUUUACUACUGCAAACAAGAAAUGAACAAUUAUAUUUGAUGGUUAACAUUUAUUUUCUUACCAUUUGGGUAAAUAAAAACGUGUUCCCUUACAACAGCAUCCCCUCCUGUAGUCGCGGCAACGAGUACGAGUAGCGACUUGUUUCUUUGGGCCUUCAGUUGUGUUUUGCAAAGUGUUCAGGAAGAGCUCAAUACACAAGACAUGUGCUGCUGCAAACGUUUUAUUUUAUAUAGAAUUAUACUACAUUUAUUAUUACCUAUUUCCUCUUGUGUUUUCGCAUAUGCUUUUAUUUCCAUUCAGCAUUUUCCUCAUUUCAAAGUACAGAUUGCAUAUAGAAUCAUAGUCUGUUAUCUCAUUUUGAACUGCUCAUUUGAGCUGCAAUGCCUCAUCAUUUUAUCCACGGUAAAGCUCUUGAAAUCCCUUUUUGAUGUUGGUUGAAUCUCCCAGUUAAAAUUUAAAUAUAAGAUUCUGUGCAUAAAUGGUGGCCAAAACCCAGAGGGCUUUGAGUAAAUACUUUGUUAUAAGAUUUAUUUUUUGAGAAGCUCCACUGCCUUAGUUUAACUGCGUAACCUUAAAACAUUUUGAUAUUGAUUCAAAUGAUUGUUGACUGAAAUAUUUAAGGACCUAUUUAGUUUUUCUCCUCCUUUUUUAAUAAAUUAAUAAAUGGCUGCAUAUCAAGAAUGUUCACCCAGCUCCAAAACCUAGAGUUCAGAAGUGGUUUGUUUUGUGCUGCCUAUGCAAGUUAGUCCUGGAUAAACAUAGAACCAUACAAAGAGGUGCAUUAUUGUUACGGAUUUUUACAUUUAAAUUCACCUACUAAUUUAUACACUCAGGAUGUGCCCAAAAGCUAUACUGUAUUGCAAAAGCCUGCAUUUGCAUCGCAAUGGGGAAAUAUUCACUCUGUAUUGUUGAUCAGUGUUUUUACAUCAGCUCCUCCAUUUGUAACAAUACGUUGGACCGUAUGUAUGUCAUCUUUUUCUUUCUUAGCUUUUUUCUGCUUGUUUAAUCAGAGUCACAAAACAAUCACUGGAAAACUAACAUGCUGUAUGUCAUUUCAUGAGGUUCAUAUUCAGUUAAGCUGUCUCUAUUUUGAGAUAUUUUUUGUUAACAUGGACAGAGCUUUUUGACAUUUAUACCUCUUUUUUGUACGGAUGUAGUCGGUGCAUGUGGAGCUUCUCCUCUGUUCAGCCAGUGUCUCAGCCACAGACUGUUUAAAGAAACGUAUACAGUCUCUGCUCUCGUGUUGCUACCACUGGCUUCCAGCAGGCUUCUUUAGCCAAAGAACAUUCAUGUCACGUCUGCUUUGUCACUUGAGAUUCUUCUUAUUACAUUUUUAUACAUGAUUAUAUAGGUUGACAUGUUACUUCUGAACCUGUUUAGUUAAAGGUUGAAUAAAAGCCCAUAUUUUGAACUAC